AUGAGACUGUACAACACUGUUAACUACCAUGCUAGCGAGGGAGAUGGAGCCGAACGAUUCCAAGAAACAGGUAUUCAAUUGUGUCAUCAGUUGAAAGCUCCUGCCAGCGGUUCUGACUGUACCAUGUUGUCAUGUGUGCCAAAGUAUGACGUGCAGGUUGUAGACAGCGCCUUUCAAUCUUUCCCCAUCAAUGAAUGGGAUGGCUUUGACUACGAGCUGAACAUUAACUGUAAUCACAAUGCUAGCUAUGAACCACUAGCCAAUGAAGGUUGUGGCUGCACUGGAAGUUACAACGGAGGUGCCGGUGCCGGCACCGCUUCGUGCGGAGACAACGGCUCUUACUAUACAGGAGAACACAGUUCAGACCACGGCGGCCACCAAGGUAGUAAUGUCGAUUAUAAAUAUGUAGCCGAAUUUAGUGGUCCAUCACAACUAUGCCCUCCACGUGAAACACCAUGUUACACUCCUCUGCCCCCUAAAACACACUGUCACCCUUACGAGGCCAACACGUACCACAGACCUCGCAAUAACACGUCUCCACAGUGCAUGGACCACUAUGUCGGCUGCGACUCCUGCUGUAGCGAGUGUCCUGAUACGUACGAACUGGUUCGAAACACCGAUGCCCAGCGUUACAAAGGAAGAGGUCCCGACAGGUCACAGUACUUUGCUGAUAGCUGUCAUUAA